GUCAUUGGUGGGGAGUGGGUUUGCUGCUUGUGCGCUUACGGCGUGGAAUCGGUGUGACACAAUUACAACUUUCUGCUUUGAAGUUUUCUGUGUUUUUUUUGCUAAUAUCAUUUAAAUGCUAUUUUAGUUUUUCUGAAUAAAUAAGGACUUCAACAGCGUGUGGUAGAAAGGAGCAAGAGCUUGAAGGAUGUGAAAAACAAAAAAGUGCACGGAAAUAAUAAAGAAUAAUACAAAAUAAAUUGCAAACAGUUUUUUUUCAUCUCUGUAAACCCAUGAAAUCCUGUGGAGUAUCAUUCGGUGAUGAGGAAAAGAAAAUGGCGGCGGGAAAACCGAGUGAAAUUGAGGAUGACUUUCCAACUCUGACGCCCCAGGAGAGAGACUCUAUUGCAACUCUCGAUAGCCGACUGUUUGGAUUUCUGAAGGUUCAUGAAGAUGGCGCCAGAACGAAGGCCUUGUUAAUAAAGGCUGUUCACUGCUUUGAGUCAGUGAUAAAGAAGUGUGAAGGAAAAGUUGACCCUGAAUUGUUUUGCCAGCUUGGUCAUUUCAACCUUUUAUUAGAGGACUAUCCAAAAGCAUUAUCUGCAUACCAGAGGUACUACAGUUUACAGCCUGACUACUGGAAGAAUGCUGCCUUUUUAUAUGGCCUUGGUAUUGUCUACUUCCGUUAUAAUGCAUUUCAGUGGGCAAUUAAAGCAUUUCAGGAGGUGCUUUAUAUCGAUCCUAGCUUCUCUCGAGCCAACGAGAUUCACUUGCGUCUAGGGUUGAUGUUCAAAGUGAACACGGACUAUGAUUCAAGUCUUAAGCAUUUUCAGUUGGCCUUGAUUGAUUCCAACCCAUGCACUCUGUCUAAAGCAGAAAUCCAGUUUCAUGUUGCUCACUUGUAUGAAAUUCAGAGAAAGUAUCGUGCUGCAAAGGAAGCUUAUGAACAACUUUUGCAAACAGAGAAUCUUUCUGCACAAGUGAAGGCAAAUAUUUUACAGCAGCUGGGCUGGAUGCAUCACACAGUGGAGCCAUUAGGAGACAAAACAACAAAGGAAAACCUUGCUAUUCAGUGUCUCCAAAAAUCUUUAGAGGCAGAUCCUAACUCUGGCCAAUCCUGGUACUUUCUUGGCAGGUGCUAUUCAAGCAUUGGCAAAGUUCAGGAUGCUUUCUUAUCAUACAGGCAUUCCAUUGAUAAAUCAGAAGCAAGUGCUGAUACAUGGUGUUCAAUAGGGGUAUUGUAUCAACAACAGAACCAACCAAUGGAUGCAUUACAAGCUUAUAUUUGUGCUGUUCAAUUAGACCAUGGACAUGCUGCAGCCUGGAUGGACCUGGGAACACUCUAUGAAUCCUGCAAUCAACCUCAGGAUGCAAUUAAAUGUUACAUUAAUGCAACUAGGAGCAAAAAUUGUAGUAAUACUUCAGUACUCACAGCAAGGAUAAAGUAUUUACAGGCCCAGUUGUGCAACCUUCCACAAGGUAGCCUUCAAAGUAAAACCAAAAUGCUUCCCAGUAUUGAGGAGGCAUGGAGCCUACCAAUCCCAGCAGAACUUACCUCCAGACAGGGUGCCAUGAAUUCAGCUCAGCAGGCUUGUAAACCUCAUCACCACAGCAAUGAACCAUUAGUAGGCCUCAGUCAGCAGCCACAGCAGACCUUACCACUACACAUGGUUCCUUCUAACCAAGUGGAUGACCUUAACAGUCCUGCUAAAAGGAAAAGGAUGUCCAGUCCUACCAAGUUAAAUGCUCCAGAUGUCUGGUCAGGUGGUCACACAGCACCACAUCAUCCAGUACAACAGCAAGUUCCAUCAUGGUAUCUGACCCCUCAAAAACUACAGUUUUUGGAGCAGUUGCGUGCAAACAGGAAGAACCUGAAUCAACUUCAACUUCAAAUGCUGGAGCAGCUUGAGGGACAGUUUGCCUCAAUGCGACAGCACCAGCAUCAGAUGAGACAGGCGACAGUUGCACAGGUACGGCCUGCGGGAAUCCCUAAUGGGCCAACGCUUGGAUCAUCACUGCCUACAAACUCUGUUUCUGGUCAGCAGCCUCAUGUCACUCUAACCAGAGUGCCUGAUCGCAUUGUUCAGUCUGGAAUCCGUCCUGCCCUUCCUGGACAACCAAUGGCGAAUGGACCAUUUCCUGCUGAACCAUCCAGGGGCCCAGUAACAUGCAGCACUACAAGAAUGCUGGGUAAUACAGACACUAUUUCUAUAGGCAAUAAUCAUAUAACAGGAAGUGGAAGCAAUGGAAAUGUGCCUUACCUACAGCAAAACGCACUAACUCUACCUCAAAACCGCACAAACCUGACCAGCAGCACAGAGGAGCCGUGGAAAAACCAACUUGUUAACUCCACUCAGGGGCUGAACAAAGGUCAGAGUUCACAUUCGGCAGGUCCUAAUGGUGAACGACCUCUCUCUUCCACUGGGCAUUCCCAGCAUUUCCAGGCAGCUGGCACUGGUAUUCAGAAUCAGGUUGGACACCCUGCCAUGCCUAGCAAUUCACUAACGACACAGGGGGCUGCUCUCAAUCACCUCUCCUCUUAUACUGCUACCUCAGGUGAACAACAAGGCAUUACCUUAACCAAAGAGAGCAAGCCUUCAGGAAAUGCAUCAAUAGUGCCUGAAACAAACAGGCACUCUGGAGGGACACUUAACAGCACUGCCAGCGUAGAAGGACUUCCUAAUCAUGUCCAUCAAGCGAUAGCAAAUGCUGUUUCAAGUCAUGGAGAGUCCAAGUCACCAGGUGUACUUAGUUCAGACAAUCCUCAGCUCUCGGCCUUGUUGAUGGGGAAACCCAAUAAUAAUGGGGGAUCCGUGUCUUGUGAUAAAAUUAAUAACAUCCAUCCAGCUGUUCACACAAAGACUGAAAAUUCAAUAGCCUCUUCACCAUCUUCAGCUGUUUCUACUGCAACACCAUCUCCUAAAUCCACUGAACAAACUACUGCUCAUAGUGUUACCAGCCUUAACAGCCCUCAACGUGGACUGGGUCAUACUGUUAAUGGAAAAGGUGUGGGGGAGGACUCUCAAAGCCCCUGUAAAAUGGACCCACCAAAAACUUCUUUUAAACCUAGUCCUCAACUUGCGUCUUCAACCUCUGUGUCUAUAUACCCCAGUUCAUCAGAAGUGUUAAAGGCAUGCAGAAAUCUGGGGAGAAAUGGUUUAUCUAAUAGUAGCAUUUUACUCGACAAGUGUCCACCACCUCGACCACUACCACCACCCUAUCCACCACUGCCAAAGGACAAGCUCAACCCUCCUACACCUAGUAUUUAUUUAGAGAACAAGCGCGAUGCUUUCUUUCCUCCACUUCAUCAGUUCUGUACGAAUCCAAACAACCCUGUUACUGUAAUCCGUGGCCUUGCUGGGGCUCUCAAGCUAGACCUAGGUCUAUUUUCCACCAAAACUUUGGUAGAAGCAAAUAAUGACCAUUUAGUGGAAGUGCGAACACAACUGUUACAGCCAGCAGAUGAAAACUGGGACUCCACUGGAACGAAGAAGAUUUGGCGCUGUGAGAGUAGUAGAUCACACACCACCAUUGCCAAAUAUGCACAAUACCAGGCCUCAUCAUUCCAGGAAUCAUUGCGGGAAGAAAAUGAGAAAAGAAAUAGCCAUCACAAAGACCAAUCGGAUAGUGAAUCCACAUCUUCUGAUAAUGGUAGCAAAAAGAGGAGAGGUCCAUUUAAAACCAUUAAAUUUGGGACCAACAUUGAUUUGUCAGAUGAGAAAAAGCCUUCCAAGACCUGCUGCAGUAAAGCAUCCCCACAGUAUGAUGCAGCCAGCACCAGGAGGUGGAAAUCGCAACUACAUGAAUUAACAAAAUUGCCUGCCUUUGUACGUGUGGUCUCAGCAGGAAACCUGUUGAGCCAUGUGGGCCAUACUAUUCUUGGAAUGAAUACGGUCCAGCUGUAUAUGAAAGUUCCAGGAAGCAGGACUCCAGGUCAUCAAGAAAACAACAAUUUCUGCUCUGUUAACAUUAAUAUAGGUCCUGGAGAUUGUGAAUGGUUUGCUGUACCCGAAUCAUACUGGGCAGUUAUGAAUGACUUCUGUGAAAAGAAUAACAUAAAUUUUUUGAUGGGCUCAUGGUGGCCAAAUUUAGAGGAUCUUUAUGAGGCUAAUGUACCAGUAUAUCGCUUUAUUCAGCGCCCAGGAGACCUAGUGUGGAUAAAUGCUGGUACAGUACACUGGGUUCAGGCUAUUGGAUGGUGCAACAACAUUGCUUGGAAUGUCGGGCCUCUGACAGCAAAUCAAUAUAAACUGGCCGUAGAAAGAUAUGAAUGGAACAAGUUACAGAGUGUGAAAUCUAUUGUUCCUAUGAUUCAUCUGUCCUGGAAUGUGGCACGUAACAUCAAGGUUUCCGAUCCAAAGCUUUUUGAAAUGAUCAAAUACUGCCUGCUGAGGACCCUCAAGCAAUGCCAGUUGUCAAGGGAAGGUCUUAUUAGUGCAGGCAAAGAGAUUGCAUGGCAUGGGCAUAGAAAAGAGGAGCCUGCACACUACUGCAGCAUUUGUGAGGUGGAAGUUUUUGACCUACUUUUUGUUACCAAUGAGAGUAACUCACGAAAGACCUACGUGGUGCAUUGCCAGGACUGUGCUCGCAAGGCCAGUGGAAACCUUGAUAAUUUUGUUGUGCUGGAACAAUACAGAAUGGAGGACCUCAUGCAAAUCUAUGACCAGUUCACAUUAGCCCCUCCACUGCCUUCAUCCUCUUCUUGACAAGUAUUGUUUUAUGGACAACUAGCAAAAACAUCAUUGGUAUUCAGGAUGUGACAUCAUCUUCCACUAUGUUACACCACUGAUUUUUGGCUAUCCCAUGUGGCUGCUGACUGAAAACUGUGUCUAUGCAACCUUCCAAGUGCGGAGUGUCAACAAUACUGGAUAGGAGUGGAGCUGCUCCUCUUCCAGGAUAAAUAAGUUCAAGUAAAGCUGGUUUAGCUAUACCUAUAAAUAACUUUUCAUAUUUUGUAUAUAUCAGAGAAAAACUGGCAACAUUACACAAAGACUACUGACUUGAAGACAUUCUUUUUGUAUUAUUCUGUCUUGGGCUGAUGAAUUGGUUUCAUCAUCUUUUUUCAUUCAGAUUUUUCCCUUUAAAAGUACUAGCUUAGCUGGUCAAUUUUGUAUGGUAGUUAGGAAUAUAAGUCUCUCUUGAGGGCAACAACUAUUCUGAAAAUUUUGUAAUGUGAAAAGUUAAAUGAGAGAGAAUUUUUUUUACAGCUUUUAUGUUUAUCUGUCUUGUUAUUUUUAAGCCAUGAUGUUUAAAUUUGUUCCAGUUUCCUAGAUAAACUUAUCAGCCAAGUCACAGAUAAAUGGGUUGCACAUAGACUAAGGAAUAAACUUCAGACUUAUGAUUUUUUGUUUUGUUUCUAAUCUUGAUGUAAAUUUACACUAUUUAUAAAUGCAUAUUUAUUCCUUGAAAAUAUUUGUGGAUGGAAUGCUGUUAUUUUUCCCCCAGAAUACCUGCCAUUAAAAUUUUAUGGAGUUCUGUCAUUUCAAACACUACUCCUAAUACGUUUUCUAUGUAUGAAAUAAAAACCGUUGAGCAUUGUAA